UUUCUUGGAUUAACUAUCAUUACUUUAUAGUUCAAAAUAACAGUCCCUGCAGUUACUAUUUCCGUUUUCAACAUUUUGGGAUUUAUAUUUACAGUACAUUCAAAGUUCUAAAAAAGAUUCGGGUCAAACUUCGAUAAAAUCUCCAUAAUAAAGGCUCUUUAUUAUUGUUGUAUGUAGUUUGUGAGACAUUAUUUCGGCUCAAAUUCCCUUUGUUGAGGUCAGAUUGUUUUUAGCUUUAUUGUUCUGCUUUAGCUUUCCUUCGUUGUGAAUUUGAUGCUUUGAAAGUGGAUAAAAAACUUGAUUCUUUCUUGAUUGUGUAUUGGUGAUAUUUAAUUUGUUUUAAGAUUUGUUUGGACUGCUUAAACAUCGAGUGGUUUGAUAUCUGUACAUGGCAGGUUGGUCAGAAAUUUCCAGGCAGCUCUUCCAAUAGUGCUUGAACAACAGAAAUGUGUCCUCCUGUCCAAAACACAAAGAAGGGUUAAGUUAUGGAGAGAAUAAUCCCAAAAGACACAAAAACUGCAGUUUCAUGUUUACCCACAAUUGAUUACCUUUCAAUGCUUUGAUUCCAAUCUCCACCGUUCAGAAUGCAGAGUUGUGUCUCAUGAACAACAUAUCCAAAAAUCAGAACGAUCGGACGGCAAACGAACUCCAGAUCACGAUUUGAUGAUACACUGUUCACAGACUCAAAUCUCAUAUUUCUUCUCCGUUUCUCUUUGUUUUUGCCUCACUCUCUGGAUGAUGGCUCGCUAGAAAGGACAGCCACUGGAGGAGAACACUCACUCUCUCACGUUUUUGACUGCUGGACAAUGAAGAAGAUGAAGAUAAGAUGGAGUUGUUUUGGCCUAAUUUGUUGAACUACUCACCUCCAAUCUCCAUAUGGGAGACAAUGAGGUAAGCCCAACCCAACACCAGUUGCUACUGACGUUGUGCCACUAGAAGUGCUACUUCCCGUGCUUGCAAAAGUUGACGUCCCCCCCAAAAAGCAUGGUGGUAGAAGUACCAAAGCUGGGCUCCUUGAUCUUCGGUUAGUAGGGCCUCUGCCUCUCCUUCUCUCUCGAGCUCUGCUACUGGCACCUUUGGUUUUAAAGGUAGUAACUUCAUCUCGCUCUCCAGCUGUACACUUCUUCAAUCUUCCUUCACCGAUUCCAUUGUUCAAUUUGAAAGCAAACUAUUUUAUGAAAUUUCUUGUUUUUAUUUACUUUUGUUUGUUAUGUUUUAGAAGGCUAAUAUUGAGAUCAGAUAGAGUACUCAAUGGAUUUUGCAAGACUGAAGCUCGUAUUCCAAUGCUUCUUGUAGUUUCUCUUAACAAGUGGAUUGAUGCCGUUAACUUUAGUCUCCGUUAUUUUGUUUAUCAAGGGAGAAAGCGUAUUGCAAAUUUGUUACACAAAUAGAAAGAGAGAUUAAUGUUGGGAUUGAAGAGUCCUGUUCAGACUGGAUUUUCUUCAAACCACUAAAUUAAUAUGUGUCAAGAUAUUUUUAAAUUUUGACUAGACUGAUGCAAAAUUUUUUCCUUUUCUUUCCAUUUUUCUUUUCCUAUUUUUCUUUUCCUUUGUUCUUCUUCCUCUUAUUCUCCCCCUUCCCUCACCAUUUUCUUUCCCCCUUUUCAUUCUCAAAUCCGCUGCUGCUGCUGCAGAGGCCACUAGACGCGGCAGCCUGAUAUAGGGGUGCCUAUCCAAUAGGAGCCUUUAUGAAUCUUUCUUUAUGCUUGGUGUCUUUGAGAAUGAAGCGCUGCGUUUUAAGGGCGAAUGGUGAGCUACAGCUAUAUACAAUAUUCUUCUUCACCUAACUCUUGUCUACCUGCUCUGUCAUUGCUUAUUAGGUUGAAGAAAAGAUUGAUCAAGGAAUAAACCAAGUCCGGAGAAUUUUAGACAACCAAAUAGUAGACUUUUUCCCCGGUUCUCCGGCCAAAUGCCUUUAACCAAUGUAUAUUUCCUUGUUCAAAACCUCCCUUAACACAGAAGCAAUAUUAGUGGAAUAAUGAUCAGGUCUACCUGCAAAACUUGUCUUCCUACUAAUUCUAUUCAUAUAAUAAGAUUGAGUCAGUUGGUUUGUUCUUUCUUUUAUUCCAAUUUGAGUUGCAAAUCCAUGGUUGGUUCUAGUUAUUCAUCUAAAUUAUCUAGAAAUCUAUGACUUAACACUACAGAAGCUUCUUUGUUACUCAUAACAAUGAAUAAACAAAUCCUUAACAGGGUAGGGUAUACACUCAAGCAAAAGUUUGUAAGCGGACAGAAAAUGGUAACUUUAGUUUGAAAUGUUGCUGAGAUUACAUCUGUUUUCUUCUAAAUUUGUCAAGUGCGAAUGAAGGUACAGAAAAUUUAAUGGUUAGAAUUUGUUCAAGCCACCGUAUAACUCGCUGAAUGACAUUUUGAACAAUUCAUUCUUGCUUCUGAAGAACAAUCUGUCCACUGCCAUUGCAUCUCUGCAUAGAAUAACCUUUCUCUAAUGUACUUACAUGCAUGUUUACGUUAAGGUAGCCAUCUUUAAACUUCAACUUGAAGAAAUCGGCUACAGGCCACCUAUUUCGUUGACCUUUCAUGUGGGCUGGCCAUAUAUAAUAAGCCACUUCCAGCUUUGUUGUAUCAGCAUAUUGUUCAACUUUGCUUCAUUCUUUCAUUAAACCUUAGUUUAUUCAAACUUUAAUUCUUUGCAUUUCUAUCGAGACCAAACAUCAAGCACAUGCGCACAUGGGUUCUUCUGCAAUGAAGAUUUAUAGUUAUGUUAACAUUCUUUUGGUUGCAUUUGUUUUUGCUUCUUUCAUGGCUAUGGCUACUGCCACCACAAACUCCACAGACAUAGCAUCCGCCAUUCUCUUAAGAGUCGAUCAGUCGGGAAAAGGAGACUUUAAGAAGAUACAUGAUGCCAUUGAUGCUGUUCCUUCUAAUAAUAAAGAAUUUGUUUUCAUUUGGGUUAAGCCAGGAACAUACAGAGAAAAGAUUGUUGUACCGGCCGAUAAGCCCUUCAUUACAAUAAGCGGCACAGCGCCUUCUACUACUAUAAUAACAUGGGGUGAUGGUGGAGACAUUUUCGAGUCUCCAACAUUCACAGUGUUGGCUUCUGAUUUUGUUGCACGAUAUCUGACAAUUGAGAACACAUUCGGAUCAGCUGGGAAAGCUGUUGCACUAAGAGUCUCAGCGAAUAGAGCUGCGUUCUACGGCUGCAAGAUUACGUCUUACCAAGAUACUCUCCUGGAUGAUACUGGAAGCCACUAUUACAGUAACUGUUACAUUGAAGGAGCCACCGAUUUCAUAUGUGGAAAUGCUGUCUCCCUCUUUGAAAGGUGCCAUAUUCAUUCCCUUUCUAAGGUGAAUGGAUCUAUCACUGCUCAACGAAGAAUGUCACCUUCAGAGAACACUGGUUUCACUUUCUUGGGUUGCAAGAUAUCCGGUGUUGGCACUGCCGCGCUUGGAAGGCCAUGGGGUGCUUAUUCUAGAGUAGUAUAUGCCCUAACCUACAUGUCUGGUGUGAUAGCGCCACAAGGAUGGGAUAGUUGGGGAGACCAAAACAAGCAUCGAACUACAUACUACGGCGAAUACAAGAAUUAUGGUCCAGGAGCUGAUACAUCAAAAAGGGUUGGAUGGUCAUACAAACUAUCAAAUGAUGAGGCUGCUCCUUUCUUGACUAAGGACAUGAUAGGGGGAAAUGAUUGGCUUAGAUCUUUCCCCAAAAAAUUCAAGAAAAGCUCCACCAUCGUUGCUGGAAAAAGCUGAUGGAAAUAUUGGUUUGUGAGUCCUGGAACUCACAAGAUUCUCUGUAAAAUAUGUUAACUGAUUCAAUUUAUUUGUAUACUUCAUUUAAACAAGAAAUUUGAUUCAAUUAAUUUGUAUUUUACAUUUG